GUCUCUCUCUCUCUCUCUCUCUCUCUCUCUCUCUCAGAGUUUGAUUCUGGAAUGUCAGGGAGUCGACUGUUUUAAAAAGCCACCAAAACUUAAGCAUGUUUUUUUUUAAUUAUGUGAGUAAUCUAAGUAGGCGGAGACAAUUUUUGGAUGCCAAAUGGAAUUCCUUUAGCAGCCAGUGAGUCAAAUCCAGGACGUCCAAAAAUAAAGCAGGUCUGAUUACGUUCUCUCUCUGCUGAGAGUGCAGAAGACAAAGUAAAUUGUUUGCUCGUGAAUUUGGUGGCAAACGUUGUGGACAAGGAUGGAUCUGUGGAGAAUCCUGUUGUUGCUAAUACAUCUCAGAAUCAUAACAGCUGAUUCAGCAGGUUACUUUUGGCACAUUACAGACCUACACCUAGACCCAGAGUACCAGGUGGCACCAGACCCUUUGAAGGUAUGCCCAUCUGCUGGCACCCAGCCAGUGACCAACGCAGGGGCCUGGGGUCAUUAUUUGUGUGAUGCUCCCUGGAGUCUUGUCAACUCUUCCAUUUAUGCCAUGAAGGAGAUUCUUCCUGACCCUGACUUCAUUCUCUGGACAGGGGAUGACACUCCUCAUGUGCCUGAUGAGAAACUGGGUGAAGAAUCUGUGUUGAGGAUAAUUGAAAAGCUCACUAACUUGAUCAAACAUGUCUUUCCAGAUACUCAGGUAUAUCCUGCAAUGGGCAACCAUGACUUCCACCCCAAAAACCAGUUCCCAGCUGGGGAGAACAGGAUCUACCACGCAACAGCAGAUCUCUGGCACCCUUGGCUUAGCAACCACUCUGUGCAGAUGUUCAGAGCAGGUGCUUUUUAUAGUCAGUUAUUAUCCAGUUCCAGGCCAGCAAGACGAAUGGUUGUCCUCAAUACAAAUCUGUACUAUGACAACAAUAAACAAACAAUUAGCCUGGAGGAUCCAGGAGGCCAAUUCAAAUGGCUGGAGGAAACACUGACUAGUGCCGCAGAUGCAGGAGAAAAGGUCUAUAUUAUUGGGCAUGUCCCUCCUGGCUUUUUUGAAAAGAAACGAGGCAAGCCCUGGUUCCGAGAACACUUUAACCAACGAUAUACAGAAAUAAUCCAGCGACAUCAUGGAGUGGUUGUAGCACAGUUCUUUGGACAUCAUCACACAGAUAGUUUUAGAAUGUUCUACAAUAAUGCAGGUUCCCCUAUCAGUGUUAUGUUUUUAGCUCCAGCUGUAACACCCUGGAAAACAACCUUACCAGGCGUGCACAAUGGAGCCAACAAUCCUGGCAUCCGGUUGUUCACAUACGACCGCAACACCCUGCAAGUUAAGGAUAUGGUUACUCAUUAUUUAAACCUUACCCAUGCCAACCUGAGAGCGCCUGAAUGGAAGAAAGAGUAUGGCCUGACAGAAGACUUCCAGAUCUCAGAUGGUUCUGUCCACUCUAUGCACUUGCUACUGGAGAAGCUUGAGAAGGAAGAAGAACACCUCCAGCGGUACUACAAGUAUAACUCAGUUCAAUACGAUCUGACAUACUGUGAUGCCACGUGCCAGACUGAUCAUCUGUGUGCCAUCCGGGAAGUAGAUUUUACAAAAUACAGCCAAUGCAUUCAAGCUAGGAGUGCUGCAGCCUCCAUGUUGGACCUUGUUUCACGUUAUUCUAUACUUGGACUCACGACUAUAGGAUUGUGGGGUAUCUUGGGCACACUGGGACACGAAUAGGAUGGUGUAGUUUUCACUUGGGCACUGAAUAUCGGAGGGUAGCUCUAAACACCAGUAUGCCAAGAAUCUCUCAUUUCUUGGUCUUCAAAAAACCCGAAGCAUUGUUGUAGUGGAGGAGAGCUUGCAGGAUUAAUGUGCUAGGGGUGAUUUGUUAGUAGGGAAGAUUAUGAAAUUGCUCCAGGCUUCCCUGUUUCCUCUCCAUUGCAGCCAGAUGGCUGGAUUGUCCAAGCCAGUGUAUUGCUGUGAGCUAUUGUGGAAUAUUCAAACUUGGAUGGUCAAUUAAGAAUCAUUAACUCUGCAAAAUAUUUGCUUCUAAUAAAGAAGCUCAUUCUAUAGGCAAUGACCACUUGUACAUUUAUAUGUAAGUCAGAACAAGUACAUUUUAAAGCAUACCUCCAGAUAGAUAGAUAGAUAGAUAGAUAGAUAGAUAGAUAGAUAGAUAGAAACUUUGGAUAGCAUAGGGAAGGGUUAUGACGCCUGUGGUGUUGGUUUUGCUGUCAGAAGACUUUGCCUUACUUUCUGUUCCUGAGAUAAUUGGAUUUUGAAAAAAAAAAGGCUUCUUAUGAAAACAAGGAUUGGUGAGAAAGCUUCAAAGGAGACACUCUUUCUCAUGAUAGCUCUUUCAGGAGUGAAUUUCCCUUCUGAGGGAUAGAUUUCUCUCAUUUCCUGUUUUCUCAUCGCUGUCAUAUGUAAGUAGGAUACUUGUAACUUGAGGACUGCCUAUACUUUGAAAAAUGCAUACAAAUAGGCUAUGUCAUCCCCGCACAACCCAAGGAAAUUUUCCCAGCCCUCACCCCCUUUGUUUGCAAGCACAAGGACCCUUGCCAUAAGGAAAGAAAGAAAGAAAGAAAGAAAGAAAGAAAGAAAGAAAGAAAGAAAGAAAGAAAGAAAAGGGACGAGCCACAAAGUGCCAUGGGAACAUUGUAAGGGCCCUCUCAGAGCCCCCUAGGUAAAGCUAAAGGUUUCCCCUUGACAUUAAAUCUCUGGAGGGGUGUUGCUCAUCUCCAUUUCUAUGCCAAAGAGCCGGCAUUCUCCAUAAACAUUUCCAAGGUCAUGUGGCCAGCAUGGCUGCAUGGAACACCAUUACCAUCCCACCUAUUGAUCUACUCACCUUGCAUGUUUUCAAACUGCUAGGUUGGCAGAAGCUGGGGCUCACAACGGGAGCUCAUCCCGCUGCUCGGAUUUGAAUCGCCGACCUUUCGGUCAGCAAGUUCAGCAGCUCAGCAUUUUAACUCACUGCGCCACCUCACGAGUAAGGGAGGGGAGGAUCCUGAGCAUGACCACUGCUCUCUGCAUCUGGUGAAGACCCAACGGACACGGCAGGUGCGACAAAACUGGCUUGGGCCAUGUCCCUCAAUUCCUAGUUACCUACACAACAGCAGCAGAUGUUGUAUAGGUAUGUGCCAACUUAAAGAAGUAAUGGCUAAUGUGUUUCCCUAGGAAACAAUUAUGUCAAGGAAAACGAUACAUUGACACACUUGCAAUGACAAAUAUGCAACUGGACAUUGACUCGCUCACCAGCCAAAAGCAGACCCAUGCUUCCCAUUGAAAUACUGUUCAGUUGACAUUGGUUAAAAUUGACCUUCAUUUUAGAUAUAUUGCAUUGUUCUUUCUACAAAUAAAAUAUAUGCAGUGUGCAGAGGAA